AAAUGCCUCCGAUUUAAUCCAGACGCCACUAUCUGGGUAGCAAAGCAGCAGAUAUUGUGCACGCUAAAUGAGAGCCUCAAGGAUGUCCUCAACUAUGGCCUCUUCCAACCAGCGACCAAUGGAAGAGAUGCCAAGUUCCUGGAUGAAGAGCGGCUGCUUCGGGAAUACCCACAGUCCUUUGAAAAAGGGGUUCCGUAUUUGGAGUUCCGCUACAAGACGAGAGUUUACAAACAGACUAACCUUGAUGAAAAGCAAUUGGCCAAGCUUCACACCAAGGCUGGUCUGAAAAAAUUUUGGGAAUAUGUACAACAUGGUUCUGCAGAGAAGGUGGCCAGGUUGCUGGAUAAAGGCUUAGAUUCCAACUAUCAUGAUUCAGAAACAGGAGAGACGCCGCUGACCCUGGCCUCACAACUUGAGCUAACCGUAGAUGUGAUUAGGAUGCUGUGCCUUGGAGGUGCCCACAUUGACUUCCGAGCCCGGGAUGGCACCACGGCUCUGCACAAAGCAGUCUGCUCCCGAAACUACAAUGCCCUUAUGACACUUCUAGAUCUGGGUGGUUCUCCAAAUUACAAGGAUCGGCGAGGUCUGACUCCCCUCUACCACACUGCCAUGGUAGGAGGGGAUCCAAGGUGCUGUGAGUUACUGCUGUAUAACCGAGCCUACAUCGGCACAUUGGAUGAAAAUGGCUGGCAAGAAAUUCAUCAGGCGUGUCAACACGGCCACUCACAGCACCUAGAACAUCUCCUCUUCUACGGCGCUGAUCCCGCUGCCCAAAAUGCUUCAGGGAAUACAGCCCUCCAUAUCUGUGCCCUGUACAAUAAGGAAAGUUGUGCCCGAGUAUUGCUGUACCGCGGAGCAAGCAAAGAUAUCAAGAAUCACAUUGGCCAGACCCCAUUCCAGGUAGCCGUUAUUUCAGGAAAUUUUGAUUUGGGGGAGUUAAUAAAGAGCCACAGAGACACCGAUGUUGUACCCUUUCAAGAAUCUCCUUCCUAUGCCGUCCAUCGCAGAGAAAGUGGAAAAGCUCUCUCCGUUCCCCAUGUUCUUCUCCGUGCCAAUAGCGACAACAGCCUCUCACUGCCUGACUGGAUGGUCUUCUCCGCAUCCACUGCCAACACUGUCACUCUGCAGGGACAAAAAUCCUCAGGAGGAACUCUACGAAGCUCCAGUAGCCCACGAGGGGCUCGAAGCCGAUCACCUUCACGAGGUCGCCACACGGAGGAGUCAAAGAAACAGCCACGUGGACGCCCCAGUUCCAGUGGUUCUACUAAAGAGCCCCCUGCUGGUGGGACUGUGAAUCAGCGCAUGAAGCGGAAGCUCUACUCAGCUGUGCCAGGUCGAACCUUUGUGGUCAUAAAGCCGUACCAGGCACAAGGCGAAGGAGAAAUAUCUCUCAGCAAAGGAGAAAAAGUCAAAGUUCUCAGUGUGGGCGAAGGAGGAUUCUGGGAAGGAAAUGCCAGAGGUCGCAAUGGAUGGUUCCCUUCAGACUGCGUGGAGGAAAUUCCAACAAAACCCCAAGAAGGAAAACAAGAGAGCCGGAGCGACAAAGCCAAGCGCUUGUUUAGACACUACACGGUUGGAUCCUAUGACAGCUUUGAUGCUCCUAGCUCCAUGGAUGGGGUGGGUGGAGGGUGUGACUACAUCAUUAAAGAAAAGACUGUGCUGCUGCAGAAGAAAGACAGCGAAGGAUUUGGCUUUGUGCUGAGGGGAGCGAAGGCACAAACUCCAAUUGAAGAAUUCACUCCAACUCCAGCCUUCCCAGCGCUCCAAUACCUGGAAAGUGUGGAUGAAGGGGGAGUGGCCUGGCGAGCAGGGCUGCGGAUGGGAGACUUUUUAAUUGAGGUGAAUGGUCAAAAUGUGGUGAAAGUUGGACACCGACAAGUGGUAAAUAUGAUUCGGCAGGGAGGAAACAACUUGAUGGUAAAAGUUGUCAUGGUGACCCGGAACCCUGAAAUGGAGGAUGCCAUGAGGAAAAAAGUGCCCCAACAAACAAAGCGUGUUACUCCUCCCGCAAUAUCACUACGUUCCAAAUCCAUGACAUCGGAAUUGGAGGAAAUGGAAUAUGAACCUACUCAGAACACAGAGAAGAAAAGGACGGUGUACCAAAUGGCACUAAACAAGCUGGAUGAGAUUCUGGCGGCAGCCCAACAAACCAUCAGUGUGAAUGAGAGCUCAAGCCCAGGCACACUGGCAUCACUUGGAACAUCACGGAGUGCUGGGAAAGGCUUUUUCUCCUCUGAGCCAAGUUAUGGACAGCAUAGAGUCUCAAGUGCACAAUCUGUCUUUGAGGGUCCCUCCUAUUUGUCCUCUUCACCAUCCCAGGCAUUAAUGCUACGACAGAAGUCUAUUGGUGCCGGAGAUGAUGAAAAGCCAUUUUUGUCUGCACCCCCAAUAAAGUUCAACCGAAGUCUUUCUGUUCCUAGUUCAGAAGAUAUUCCUCCUCCUCCAACUACUUCUCCUCCAGAUCCCCCAUACAACACUGCCCCUUCAUCUUCACCCAGGGUUAGCCCAGUUAUGAGAUCUAACUUUAAUCACAGUGGAGAGUCUAAAGUUUUUUCCCCUUCAAUGCGUCAGGAGACAAGUAUAUUUGACCAGCAAAUAAUGGAAGCGUCUCAGCGACGGGAGAAGCUGCAGCAGCUUUACCAUCAAGAUUCUGAACAAGCAGCAGAUGACCAGAUUCGAAUGGGGACCCCCAACAUGAGGAGCUGGAGGUCCCAGACUCAGGAGAUGCGUUAUUUCAAUCUACCUUCUAGAGCAGCCAGCACUGCAAUGUAUGUACCACCCAAAGCAGCCCGACGAAAAGGUCAGCUAGUAAAGCAGGUGAAGGUGGAAAAUGAACAACAGCAGCACUUGCAACAACAUCAGCAGCAGCAGCAGCAAUACCAAUCACAUCACCAGCAACAACAGGCCACCAAAUCUCACGAAAAAAGUUCCAUUCCUAUACCUACAAUCAUUAUAAAAGCCCCAUCAACCAGUAGCAGUGGAAGAAGCAGCCAAGGGAGCAGCAUGGAAGCUGAAACCCAGCCAGAUCCCAUCCCUUCUUUGCAGCUGAGAGAUAACAUUGACUUUACAAGCCAGUUUGGAGCAGCUAUUGUCGGUGCAGCACGGCGGGACCGUGAGUGGUUUAACGAAGCCCGUCGAAAGUCUGCUCUCUUUCUGUCCACUGAUGAAGAAACAGAGCCUACCCCUGCUCCAAGAUUAAAGCAUUCCAAAUCUAUUGAUGAGGGCAUGUUUUCCAGCGAACCAUACAUGCACUUGAAUGUGCCCGCCAAUGUUGGGGCCCCUGUAAAUAGGGACAUUUCUACUGGGUAUUCCUACCAGCCCAAAACUGGCAAGGUAUAUGGACCUAAUACUACUAGCGCAUUUAGCACUGUGUGUUCCACUUAUUUACCACAGCUACAGUCAUGCUCCAGUUCAAUGACAAUGUCCAAUGUUAACCCAGUUGGAGGAUCCACUCCACUUAUACAUCCUUUGACUGGGAAAAUCUUAGAUCCUAGUUCCCCUCUAGGCCUUGCUUUGGCAGCAAGAGAGCGAGCUUUAAAAGAGUCACAGCAGCAUACCAGGAAUGAAAUAGAAGAAAGAAAAUCACGCCCCUCAUCUCCACGGUUUUCUGAGCAAAAAUCACCAAUAGAAUCUCGAAGCAGCUCACCCCAUCGACUGUGGGAUUCAGGCCCAGUUAAAAGAAAAGAAAUGGAAUACAAGUCCUCCAUGGUGUCCCCAACUGGAGAAAGAAAAUCAGAUGAGAGUUCUGGUCAUCGAUCCCCAGCCUUAUUGUUACUACAAGGAGUUGAACACGGUAAAGCUUGGGAAAAGAGAACAGAAGGCCAGGAAAAGAUAGAAUUACAUGUGCGUUUUAUGGAUAACUCCACUCACAAGGACGAACAAGAAAAUAAUAGGAUGUCUAUAGGUAAAGAAAUGAAAAAUGAAAGGCCAUUUGCCUGCACAGCAGUCAAUCAUGCUCCCUUACCUAGCACAAAUGUGGAGCCGCAUGAGACAAACUCCAAAGAGAAUGGGCUCCCAUUAUUAGUUUUGCCUCCCCCAGCACCUUCUAUUGAUGUUGAUGAUGAAUUUCUAUUUACAGAUCCACUCCCUCCACCCUUAGAAUUUUCAAAUAGUUUUGACAAGCCUGAUUCCCCACUAGGUGCAUCUGGUGGGGCGUACACAUUGCCUCCUCCUGUGCCCCCAGCUCCGCCUGAUUCUGGUAGCACUCCUGCUCUAGAUUCUACAACAUCUAGUCUCACUUCUUAUGACAGUGAAGUAGCCAAUUUAACUCAGACACCAGAACUCAAAGAACCUCAUGUCAAUUUCUCAUCUGUUGUGUCAUCGAUCCAAAUACCAGCUUCAGACGGCAUAGACACUGUGACUGAUUCUGGUAUAGAGGAAAUUGAUAGUCGAAGCAGCAGUGAUCACCAUUUGGAAACCAUUAGUAGUGUUUCUACAUUGUCAAGUAUGUCUGGGCUUUCAGCAGAAGGAACAGAACUUUUGGACACUUAUAUCACUUAUCUAGAUGGGCAGGCAUUUGGUGCUGAAAAGGCUGUUCUCCAAAAUAAAAUACGGUCCCGGACUUUCCCAAGCAGAACACCUGGACUUCUCAGAGAUCCCAUUACUGCAACCAGUACCACUAUUUCAGUUGCACCCUGCACGGACAAUGUCUUUACCCUGACACCAUCUAAAGGGCCUUCACUCAGUGCUCCUGCAGAGGCAACCAAGGAUUCUCAGCGGAAAUCUCCCACUCUGCCUUGGGAAGCUUACUCCCAAGAAAAAAUCUCUCCAAGCUCUACAGUAAAGACAAAUAUGAUCACAGAGUUAAGUUCCAAGCUACAGCAUAUAGGUGGAGUGUCUUGGUCAAGGCCACCAGAAUCAGCAGUAUCAUAUACACCAGAGAGACCAACCUCUAUACAAAGACAUCGGAUAGUGGAUGACUCUGCUGCUUCUCUAAUCUCUUCUAAACCUGUGAGCAGUCUGUUUCACAACUGGCCUAAAUCCCCACAGCCUACUCCAAAACAUCCCAAGAGUGUGGAUUUUGACAUCCGACCAACCCUGAGAAGAGCACCAAGUCCCUCAACCUUGCCACCGGAGCACAAGAUAAGCCCUACACCACGUCCUUCUUCUUUACCCAUCUUGCCUUCUGCCCCUGUUUACACGGGGGUCUUUGACCUGAGGGGCUCCCCCACAGCUGGAGGAGAUGCCUUCCCUGGCUUCCAGACGGGCAGUAGGUCCCUAUCCCCAACGCAUUUCAUUCUACCCCCAACAGAAAAACCAUUUGCAUCUAAGCCCAUCCAUUUCUGGACAAAGUAUGAUGUGGCUGAUUGGUUGGAGUAUUUAAAUCUUGGUGAGCACCGAGAACAUUUUCUAGACAAUGAGAUUGAUGGCAGUCACUUACCAUCACUGACCAAGGAGGAUUACAUUGACCUGGGAGUCACCAGAGUCGGCCAUCGAAUGAACAUUGACCGAGCUCUGAAAUUCUUCUUGGAGAGGUGA